CGUUCUUAAUCAGCUUAAUCAAGCAAUAGUAGUAAGAAAGAAUGGCAAGGUUUAGUGUAGCUCUGUGGCAAUGGGUGAUGGUACUUCUGUUGAUUGCACUACUGGAGGGAGCCCAUGCUGCCUCGAUCUGCAACAUUGACUCUGCGCAGCUCAACUAUUGCCGCCGGGCAGUGAGCGGCAAGUCGCCAACACCACCAUCAAAGAAAUGUUGUGGAGUUGUGCACCGAGCCAACCUGCCCUGCCUGUGUAACUACAAGACUGUGCUACCUUCCUUUGGAAUCGACCCUGCACUAGCAAUGGCGUUGCCCAAGAAAUGUGGGAUGAAAACACCACCGGAAUGCGUUGCUUGAAGCACUGUGGUUGCAGGGACUUCAACAAUUAUGUCAUCUUACUGUUUCCUUAUUUCUGUGUUUCUGUGUAGGCAUAAUCUUUACAGUAUUCACUGGGAUCACUGCAUGAAAAACGCGUUUGUAUUUCUGUAUUUGCUGAAUGUAAUUGGCUAAAUUGUUGUCAAAUGAAAAAAAGGGGUCGUUUUGUCAUCCAUCUGCCUGCGUUUCACUAGAUAGUUUUAUUUGG